UGGAGUUGCAGAGUAGAGUGUGUUGUAUAUUGUUCUGUUUUUACUUUUUUACUUGGUUUACGUUAGCUAUCUCAGAUAAUGGACUCUCUGACAGCAGAACAGUUAGUGGAUUUGUUAAAACUCAUACCCCACCCUGAAGGAGGGUUUUUCAACGAAACAGCGCGCAGUAAAACCACAGUAACCACAGACCGUAACCACACUGACUCCAACAUCAGAAGUGCUGGAACCACCAUACUCUUCCUGCUCACUCCUCAAGCUCCUAGCGCUAAGUUCUGCAAGAACAUGUCCGAGAUAAUGCACGUGUGGUGCGGAGGCGGUGCACAGGUUCACACCUUUAUCCGCCCUGACGGAACAGUGACGGAACACGUGCUGGGUCCGGGUGUGGACCAAGGACAGCAUCCCCAGGUGUUGUGUCCGCCCGGCGCUUGGAAAACGAGUAGGUUGUUGGAGGAAGACAAAUAUUCGCUGAUAACUGAGGUUGUUCACCCAGGGUGGGAGUUGUGCGAUUUUGAGAUGGGGAGAACUGAUAAAUUGGUUAAGUUAUUUCCGCAACACCGAGUCCUUAUUGAAAAGUAUACUCAUAAAGAAGAUGUUACUUUUUAGCCUAUUUUUGAUGCUCUAUUUUGAGUUUCGGGUAUAGUUUUAUUAAAUAACUAUGCUGGGUCGUAUUUAGAUACAAUUGCAAUGAUGUUUAAUGGAUUAACGUAAAUAUUAUCUAUUAAUAUGUUGUUAUAUGUCUAAAUUGAAAUGACUUUCAGAA